UGGAUUGAGCAGGUCUGCGUUGGGCGCUUGUCACGGCGGCGGCUGUUCGGGGCCGGCUCACCCGGACCACUGCACCCCACGGAGAGCAGGGAGAGGCAGCCAUCCGAUCUGGGUCUGCGAGGACGGACACUGGCCUUGUCUCUCUGGGUUCCCCAUUUUCUUUAGGUUGCCUUGCCCUGGGACCCGUUCCUGAUUCCACAGUGAGCUUGGUUCCCAUCGCAGUGUGGGGCCGCCAGGUGCGAGGAAGCACUCGAACCCCGGACCCGCGGCCGGAACUUUCCCCUCUCCUCCCCUUGGCCUCCUGAGAGGUCAAGCAGCAGGCAUUUAUUAAGCUCUUACUGGUUUCCAAAGACUGGACAAUAGUAGUCAAAUAACAAUCGUUAGCACUUAAAGGGCGCUUUAAGCUCCUCAAAGCGUUUGGACCCUACAUCAGCCUCGGGAGGAUGUAACUUCCAGUAUAGUUCCCAUGUGGUCUCAGUCUGAGAGACACAUCCACCAAGAAAGAAGUAUAUCUUAAGGGAGUUGUUGACUUCCUGAAACUGACAUACACAUUUUUAAAAGCCUGUGAACCUGUUAGCAAAAGUUGUUCAUGAUACAGUAUUUUGGAGGCAUGGUCCUCCAGUAAGUGGAUUAAGAAGUGCCGAUCUUAAAAGUUUUGAAAAUUCACUAGAAUUGCUUUGUGACAACAUUCAUGUCUCAAGAAUUCAAAAGUCAGAACGACAACAAAAAAGAACUUUGACACCAUGCAUCAGAAAGCCAAAUUCUUCCUCCAAACUCUGAAGUUUAGUAUUGCUCGCUUUGGAAAAUACACACAGAAGCAUCAUCACGAUCACCAUCACCUCAUUGACUGUUGCCCUUGGAUAAAAGCGAGAAAAUGUCACAGCUUUACAUGUUUGCAAAAUAAAUGCAAGAAAUUGAUAUCAGCAAGAAACAUCCCAAGCCGGAGAUUCUCCUAUGCGGAUCUUCUGAAUACUGAGCAAGAGAACACAAAAUCCCUUUUAAUAAAUUACACGGAUUCAAUGGAAAGAUUCAAGAAGAAAAUAGAAGCAUCCUAUGACAAAUAUCUACUCAAUUUGGACAGCUUAGAGAUUAGAUUCAGUGAUUUUAUUUACUAUGAAGAAGAUGGCUGCAUAGUUCGUUUGAAACUUGGAGAUGGUGCAAAUAAUUGUGAAGUUUUACUCCGUUUGGAAGAGCUUUCAUUAUAUAAUGCCUUUGUUGAACGUAUCAGGAUUUCUCCAGGGGAGGAGUACAUGGCAGCCGGCAUAAAAACCUCAGAUUCUGAAGAGUCUACGUGUGUAAUUGUUAAGCUUGGCAAGUAUCCAGAAGUGGAGGACUUCAUUCCCAAUGUGUUCAGUUUUGAAUGGGCACAGGAUGGCUUUUUAUUCUACACGUGCCAAAAGGGCCUUCGGUGUUGUGAUGUGUUUCGAAUGAACUUUGGCAAUAAAAAACAUAGUGAACGAAUCUACACAGAACAAGAUCCAAGAUUUUUUGUAGACCUACAUUGUACAAGAGACAAGAACUUCCUCACCAUAAAUAGUAACAGCAAGACUACUUCUGAAGUGUGGUUGGUGGAUUGUCAUCAGCCGUGGAAUCUCCCAGUCCUUGUCCAAAAGAGAAACCCUGGGGUCAUGUACCAUAUUGAGCAUAGAGACAACAAGUUAUAUAUUCUCACCAAUUAUGGCGAGCCUGCGGAAUACAAGUUAAUGAAGACGUCAGUCAAUUCCUGUAGUAUGAAGAAUUGGCAACUUAUCUAUACAAUGAAGAGAAAAACCAAGCUUAUUGACAUGGUUAUGUUCAAGGAUCACUGUGUUAUGUUUCUGAAGUACUGCAAUCAACUUUAUCUUGACACGAUUUCCUUAAAGGAUCAUUCAGUUCAGUCUCUUAAGCUCCCCGAGUGGGCCUGUGCGUGCCAGGUGGACCCCCAGCCACAAGACAGGAUCGGUGAUGCCUGCUCUUUUCAGCUGUCCUCUCCUGUGCAUCCUCCAAGCCAUUUUAUGUAUGUGGUAGGAAAAGGAAGUCUCUAUGAACAAGCUGAGCAAGAGGAACCAGUCGUGACAGACUGUCACAUGGCACGUUUAGAAGCAAAGAGCAAGGAUGGAACUUUAGUGCCAGUGACACUAUUUUAUAAAAGAAAUUCUCAGGGAUUACAGAAGAAGCCUCUCCUUAUUCACGUGUAUGGAGCCUAUGGGAUAGAUUUAAACAUGAAUUUCAAAGCUGAGAAUCGAAUGUUAAUUGAAGAUGGGUGGCUGUUAGCCUAUUGCCAUGUUAGAGGUGGAGGUGAAUUAGGCCUCAGUUGGCAUGCUGGCGGCUGUCUGAACAAUAAACUCAAUGGCCUUGCUGACUUAGAGGCUUGUAUAAAGUUCCUUCACAACCUGGGAUUCUCUGAACCUGCAUCUACAGCCCUUACAGCUUAUAGUGCUGGAGGUAUCCUAGCAGGAGCAUUGUGUAAUACCAACCCCAGACUCAUCAGGGCUGUGGCUUUACAGGCACCUUUUCUGGACAUUCUUAAUACCAUGAUGGACGUGCAGCUUCCUCUGACCAUUGAAGAACUAGAGGAAUGGGGAGACCCUUCAUCUGAUGACAAGUACUUGGACUACAUAAAAAGUUACUGCCCCUACCAGAACAUCAGGCCUCAGACUUAUCCUUCCAUUAUAAUCACAGCCUAUGAAAAUGACCAACGUGUACCUAUAAGAGGAAUAUUAAACUAUACCCAGAGACUCAGAAGAGUUAUCAUGGAUCAAAGACACAAAAGAGAUCAUGGAAUAAAGAUUCCUCGUGUCAUUUUAGAUGUUCAGGCUGGAGGAAGCCAUGCUGCAGCCUCUUGGGAAGACUCCUUAAUUGAAGUUGCCAAACAUCUUGCUUUUCUAUACAAAGAACUUGGACUUGAUGAUGCUGGUCCCCUCGACUAAUACCCAUAUUAAAACAAGAUGGAUGCUGAACUAUAUCUCAUGCAGUGGCAUUGAGUGCUCCAGAAAUGCCUUAAGUUACAAUCUCACACUGUUUUGAGGUUGGCAGAGCUCAAUGUCAGAGUAUGGCAUUCUUUAGAAUUCUCUUGCCAAUCAAAAGCCUUGUCUUUGCCUGGGCCAGUAUUUCACUCUGCCAUCCACUAGUGCCCAGAAGCUCUUUCCCUCUGAUCUCUCUGUUCUUAGCUCCAGCCUCCUUUCUUAGAGUUUGGGAAGGUAACAAAGGCAGUCCAACUGAGAACAGAGCAAAGGUUUUAGGUUUGUUUGGCUUUUUCCUUUGUCUAAACUGAUUGAAACAAGAUAACAUUCUUCACAUUGAGAUUAAUAAAAUAAAACUACCCGA